AUGUCCUCCAAAGUAUCAACAUACUUUUCAAUUUUAUCAUCUUCCUUUCUAUUUUUGCACAUCAACUCACAUUUUGCCAGAAGUCUUCUCAAAUUCACUUCUUGCCUAGAGAGCCCCAUUUGGUAAAUUUUUUAACAGCUACCGGAUUCCUACAAAAACUGGUAUAUUCGCCUGAACAAGUGAACACUCCUGGAAAAAAAUUGUUUUGAGGACAAAAUGUCAUCUAUCAAAGUCGAUUUGAGGGUUAUGAAGAGAGAUGAGAAAGUUAUAAUUGCAUUAGAUCUUUUAGAUUAACGAACACUUUUUUGGGAAAUGCUCAACAGUGUUAUGUAUUAUCAAGUAUCAAGGUAAUAAAAAAAAUAGGGCUAGGAAUAUUUCGAAAUUGAGGCAAAUAGAUACGAUACAUGAAUCCCUAAAUUGAAGCUGCAACUAGUAUUUAACUAUUAGCACAGGUUUAAUAAUGUUUUAAUUUCAAACUAUUGCUGACGUAUCUUUUUCUAUUUCUUGACGUUUAACUGACAGUUCGACAGUUUUUUUUAGGCCGUUUUACGCGACACUUUCAAAACGGGUCAAGCAGUUAGUUGAUAUUAUGAUGUAACAUGGAAGACAUCGAACGAAAGUUGCUUUCGAACUGUCCAAGGACGAUAGCCCUGGUAUUUUCAAAAAUUAUACAGGCGAUUGAGAAUAAAGAUAACAAUGAAAUUAAAAACAGUCUAGAAUUGAAGUAUUUGAGAGAAAAAUGUUACUCUCCAGAUUUGCUUGUGAGCAGGGUCGCUGGAGAAGGUAUAAUACAUUUAGUGAAAAGUGGAAAAAUAUCGAUAGAAGCGACAUUGACUGAUUUUGUUACUUCCAUAGCACUUACGAGGAAUCAUGCAAGCAUUGCACCUAUCAUUAACGAUUUAUUAUUCUUGGAGCUGACAAGUAAAGCAGUACCUUACAAUUUACUUUUACCACAACACCCAUUCAUAACACUCUUGGUGGAGAAUGAUCAAUUAUGGAAAAUUGUCCUGAACACCAUCAAAUGUGGCUAUGAAAAAAAUCAUGACUCUGCUCCAAACUUAUUACAGGAAGUUAGAUAUGCUACACAGGCCUGUGUUUUUAUACUGUAUAUGUAAUCCACAUUUAAAUGCUAGUUUAACUUUGUGUAAUCAGAAGUUAUGGAAAUUUCUACAAACCGAAGGUACCAACGAAGAUUUUCUCUAUAAUAUAAUUUCGUGGAUGCAGAUGAAAACUGUACAGUCAUUAGAGUCUACCAAUGACUUGAUAAGUGAAAGCUUAAUAAGCAAAACGAAACUAAACUCAGAAAUACUCAUUCUUUGGCAACUGUCUAUGCUGCACUACAUGGCACUGUAUAGAUAUGACCUACGUCAAACCAUCUCAAGCAUAAAAAUGGCUUUGUUGAAAACAGAAGACAUAAAAACUCAAAAUUGCCAGCUGCUCAUGUUAGCAAGAACUGUGGACAUAUGCUCCUCAGUAUAUCUCUAUGACAUAUUAGAUCUAUGUAAAUUCUUGGUUGUAGAAAAACACGUUAGUGACGAGUACGCUCUACAAACUUUAAAUGCUUCUUUGAUCCAGUGGAUGACAAAUCCUUGUCUACUGAUACAAGAUGCUUUAAAAGUAGCAGAAGCCAUUUUCAGUUUCCAUCAUACCGAAGAGAAACUUUUUGAUAACACGCGAUUGCUCAGUUUUAUUGAGGAUAAUCACAUGAUUCUUCGCUCAAAUAGUGACGUCUAUAUAUUAUUACAUCUUUGUGAUAUCUCACAUCGACUAAGGAAUGAAAAGACACUAUUGGAUUUUUUGGAAAACCUGGAACACACUCCAUGCAGUUUGCAAAAACACAUUUUCAAUUUCCUAUGUGGAUUGUUUUUGGUUGAGACUUUCAGCUCGAAGAUUCAACAAAAAAUAUUCACGACAAUUCAAAAAUACGUUCAGAAAAACAUAGCAUUAACAACAAAACUUUUGACGUUGGUACUUUAUAAAUUAUCUCAAGCAAAAGAUCCUACAAUACAUUAUGAACUUUUAAAAGCAUUGCCAAAGCUAGUAGUAUUAAGAGAAAAUAUACCAAAAGUAAUAGCAACCUUAAAAGCUUUGAGUAAAGGAUCUGCAGAUCUCUUUAAUUUUUGUUUGUCACUAAUGUAUCAAGCUUGGAAGAUUGAUAACAAAUGCUAUCCUCAACUAGAAAGUAUGCUGACUCAAGGAUGCUUUCCAGAAAAACGGGGGGAAUUUUAUAUAACCAAAACGUACGUUUUGAAAGGAUUGUGUGAAAAGAAACCAGAACUAUAUGGGAAGGAUAUGGUAGCACAUAUCUCAAAAAUCUUGAAUGAAUGCAGUGAUGAAUCUGGGUCAUUACCAUGUGCCUUGGCUUUGGAAGGUAUCAAAAUUCUGUGUAGAGCCGAAGUUAUAGACAUCAUUACUACAUGGGCAACUCUGGCUCCGAAGUUUAGAAAUGAUAAAAGGAUAUUAGUCGUCAAAGCCGUCUGUUCAUUAAUAGAAGAAAUAGUUCAUCUGUCAUACACAGCACAAUAUACAGAGCUCUAUAAAGAUGUGGUCAAACAAUUGUGGGAUUAUAUAGAACUAGGGAAUCCAGGUAUAUCUGGAGUGGCACUGAAAAGUCUAGGUGCAUUUAGUUUGGAGCAUAUUUCAGCUUAUAUGCCAGAGAAAUAUCUGGACGAAGAUGAACAGAGAGGAUCUAGAACUGUUCAAUUUCUUGUACCAGGAAGGUCUUGGAUACAAUUUCUGUCAGAAAGAUUUUGUUCAGAAGAAUCUAUCAAAUUUGUCAUACAGCUGAUAUCUGCAGAAAUUGAUUCUUACCUGAAGUACGUUUACCAAGUGAAAGGUCCGAAAGAGCCAAUAAAUUAUGGUUACUUGCCUACCCAUAGCAUUGUCAGAGGUAUUGGAGAGUUUGUAAAGGUUUGGUCAAACAAAUGGAAGAAUACAACUCAAGAAAAGCUGUACAUAGAAUGUUUAAGAAUACUCGCUCAAGAAUACAGUAAACCACUACCUCCACUAGACUGGUGCUUCCUCCAAGAACGGAUGCACGACGAAAGCGUCAAAUAUCAUUGCGUGGAUAUUGCGUCACAUCAGGUGGUUCUUUCCGGUACCUCUAGAAGACUCAUGGAGAAUUAUAUUCAAGCGGUGAAAGAGAAUCCAAAGGAAGAUGACAUAUUAAGCAUUUUCAGAAACCUAAAACACUUGGCUAACAGCAUCCAACCAAUAAUAAUGAAACCAUUUUUCGAGAUUGCAUUCCGAUAUGCGAUUGAAGCAUUUGAAAAUGACAACAAAGAUAUCCUUGAACGUAUGUUAAAAUACGCACUAGAUAUCAUGCAACGGAAGGAUAUACAAGAUAGCAACAAAGUAACCAUAGCUCAAGUUCUGUGUGACAAAAUUCCAAGCAUGGGCUCAAAUUCUGAGUUGUUCAAAACCCUUCUACCUUUAAUAAUUGUGUUACCCAAGAAAUGUUUGGAGCAAAUUGUGUCAUUGGAGUCUGAUAUAUCAGAAGAGCAUCUACAAAAGAUAGUUAUUAUUAGGUGUGCCCUUGCUAUGGAUUCUACCGAACCACAAUUAAAUUGGUUAAAUGAUAUCAUAGAGGUUACAAGCGCGAGCGAUUUUGAAGAGCGUGGAAAGAACUUAUUCUUCAUUAUGAAUCAGUUCAAAAAAGUGUUCAGAAAGCAUAUCAACAACGCGGCAGACUGUGGCCUAUGGUUGUUAGAUCUAAUUGGAAGAAUCCAGGCUAAAGUGGCCGACAGAUGUGACGACGUUGAGAUGCACUGCUAUUUCAACAUUCUUAUACUCACCAUUGUUGAAUUGUCUGGUUUUCAUGUAUUCGUCCGUAGUGAUAAUACUGAGAAAAAUUUAUUUCCACAAGCCUUUGCUUCUCUGUUAGAUGAUGACGAGUGGAGCGUCUGCACAAGUCAGACAUUAGAAUGGCUGUAUCACAUGAACACAGAAGAGUACAUACCAAAAACUUACAGGGAGAUGUUUGGUGCUACAUUACAGGCUCUUAGACAUGAUGACGAGUUUAUGAAACACCAAAAGUGGAUGAAAUACAUGAGUUGUAAUUAUCAAUAUAGUCAGAUUUGAUAAAAUAUCACAAUUGUUCUUUCAUAGAAGUGUUUUUAAUAUAUAUAUAUAUAUAUAUA